CACCGUAGUCCUGGCGACUGUUACCCACCAACAACAACGGCUCCGCUCCGACUCCGCCGCCGCCGCCGCCGCCUCCUCCUCCUCCCGCCGCGGCUCCUCCUCACCCCCGUCCUCCUCCUCCUCCUCGCCCCGCGGCGCCUCAGCCUCGCCCACCACCACCGCCACCACCACCACAGCCAGCGGCCACAGCAGCGGCGGCGCCCCGGCAGCCCCCCUCAGCCCAGAAACGACAAUGCAGACAUCAGAGACUGGUUCGGACACAGGUUCGACAGUGACUUUACAGACUUCUGUAGCUGGCCAAGCAGCCGUGCCCACCCAGGUGGUACAGCAAUUACCAGUGCAACAACAGGUUCAGCAAGUGCAAACGGUGCAACAGGUCCAGCAUGUCUACCCAGCCCAGGUGCAGUAUGUGGAGGGAAGUGACACCGUCUACACAAACGGAGCUAUACGAACAACCACGUAUCCUUACACAGAAACUCAGAUGUACAGCCAAAACACUGGAGGGAAUUACUUUGAUACCCAAGGCAGUUCUGCACAGGUGACUACUGUGGUCUCUUCUCAUAGUAUGGUGGGCACUGGAGGCAUUCAGAUGGGUGUCACGGGAGGACAGCUCAUCAGCAGCACGGGAGGCACCUACCUGAUUGGCAACUCCAUGGAGAACUCUGGCCAUUCAGUGACGCACACCACGCGCGCCUCCCCAGCCACAAUUGAAAUGGCGAUUGAGACACUGCAAAAGUCUGAUGGUCUGUCCACUCACAGAAGCUCUCUUCUCAACAGCCAUCUCCAGUGGCUUUUAGACAACUAUGAAACAGCAGAAGGAGUGAGUCUCCCCAGAAGUACCCUCUACAACCACUACUUGAGACACUGUCAGGAGCAUAAAUUGGACCCAGUCAAUGCUGCCUCUUUUGGAAAACUAAUAAGGUCAAUUUUCAUGGGCCUACGAACCAGAAGAUUGGGAACCAGGGGGAACUCCAAAUAUCAUUACUAUGGGAUUCGUGUCAAGCCAGACUCCCCUCUAAAUCGGCUACAAGAGGACAUGCAAUAUAUGGCUAUGAGACAGCAACCCAUGCAGCAGAAACAAAGGUACAAGCCUAUGCAGAAAGUGGAUGGAGUCACAGAUGGUUUCACAACAAGUGGUCAACAGACAGGCACAUCUGUUGAACAAACUGUAAUUGCUCAAAGUCAACAUCAUCAACAGUUUUUGGAUGCAUCUCGAGCACUUCCAGAGUUCGGAGAAGUUGAAAUCUCUUCUCUGCCAGAUGGUACUACUUUUGAGGAUAUUAAGUCAUUGCAGAGUCUCUAUCGAGAGCACUGUGAGGCAAUAUUGGAUGUUGUAGUGAACCUUCAGUUUAGCCUAAUAGAAAAAUUAUGGCAGACUUUCUGGCGCUAUUCUCCCUCAACAACAACCGAUGGCACUACCAUUACUGAACCAAGCAAUCUGAGUGAAAUAGAAAGUCGACUUCCGAAAGCAAAGCUGAUUACUCUGUGCAAAAAUGAGUCAAUUCUGAAAUGGAUGUGUAACUGUGACCAUGUGAUGUACCAGACUUUGGUGGAGAUUCUCAUUCCUGACGUCCUUAGACCUAUUCCUAGUGCCUUGACCCAAGCCAUUCGCAAUUUUGCAAAAAGCCUUGAAGGUUGGCUUUCCAAUGCCAUGAACAAUAUUCCACAGAGAAUGAUUCAAACCAAGGUUGCCGCUGUAAGUGCCUUUGCUCAGACUCUGCGAAGAUACACAUCUCUGAAUCAUCUGGCUCAGGCAGCACGGGCUGUACUGCAGAACACGUCUCAAAUCAACCAGAUGCUCAAUGACCUCAACCGUGUAGAUUUUGCCAAUGUCCAGGAGCAGGCUUCCUGGGUGUGCCAGUGUGAUGACAACAUGGUGCAGAGGUUGGAAACAGAUUUCAAGAUGACUCUUCAGCAGCAGAGCACUCUGGAGCAGUGGGCGGCCUGGCUUGACAACGUCAUGAUGCAAGCACUGAAACCGUACGAAGGAAGGCCGAGUUUUCCUAAAGCAGCGCGGCAGUUUCUCUUAAAGUGGUCUUUCUACAGCUCAAUGGUUAUUCGAGAUUUAACCUUGCGCAGUGCUGCUAGCUUUGGUUCUUUUCAUCUGAUCCGUCUAUUGUAUGACGAAUACAUGUUUUACUUAGUUGAACAUCGUGUUGCUCAAGCCACAGGAGAGACACCUAUUGCGGUUAUGGGAGAAUUUGGUGAUUUAAAUGCAGUGUCUCCUGGAAAUAUGGACAAAGAUUGCAGGAUUCAUGGUGGUUUUAUUUGUGCAGAUGAAGGUAGUGAAGUGGAAAGUGAAAUGGACGAAGAGCUGGAUGACUCCGGAGAGCCGCAAGCCAAGAGAGAGAAGAGUGACCUGAGCCAGGCCUUCCAGGUGGGCUGCCUGCAACCCGUCCUGGAGAGCGGAGUUCAGCAGAGCCUGCUGAGCCCCCUGCACAACGAGCACAUUGUGACAGCCACGCAAACGAUCAGACAAUGCAGUGCCACUGGAAACACGUAUACUGCAGUCUAACAGAUAUUAAAGCUCUUUUUUUUCCAGAUUAUAUUAGCCCUGUUGAUGUUGGGCUUAUCAUGGGGGAGGGGAGGGAUGCAAAAAAAGAAGUCUGAAGGUCGACUGUUGUCAAAUUUUAUCUGUGCUUGAACAUUACUUUUACUGGAGUUGUGAAAUGAAAUGAGUGUAUGUAUUUCUCCAGGUCUCUUUUGGAAAAGAAAAAAAAAAUUGGUAAAUACAAUCAUUUUACACUGGCCGCUUAAUAUAAAGAGUUUUCUUAGUUACAAGAGUCAAGAAGCGUUUUUGAGAAGCUUAAUGUUAAUGUUUUUGUCCUCUUUAUAAUUAAAAGUAAUUUAAUUUUUCAUAGUUUUUACAAAAUAUUUUAAUGUUAACUGUUAGUCAUGGUGAUUUCGUAUAAAUAGGGUUUUAAUUAAUUGCACUCUGAAAUAUCAAGAAUUUUCCUCUUUGAUUUACACUGGAGGCCUGCUCAUUUGAUAGCAGCUGCAUUAAACUUGUUAUAGGAAAGGCAGCUUUCAUUGGACAGAACUGGAAGAUGCUAUUUUGAUACAUUUCAGAGUGUUCAGGGGUUAUAUUGGAAAUUUUAUUAUGACGCUAGAGAACAUAGACUGUCGUCUUUCUCAGAGGAAGAGCGAUUCUCACGGUUGCAGGAUAAAUGAGAGCUCUGAUCACAUGUGGUAAUAAUGUGUACUUAAUUCAUGUACACAGGACACCAUUACAGACAAUGCAAGCUUCCUUUUCAAAAAAGAAUCAGUUAUUUGCGUACCAACUCCUCUCUUUUAAGACUACUGAUUUCAGGUGCCGUCUGCCCAAGCGGCCGACUCUGUGCAACCUCCGCUGGCUUCAGUUGAGCUUGCACCAGAUUUGGAGCCUGUCCUGGGGGGAUGAUGCACCUCGUAUACACAGGGGACCACCACCCAGAUGCUUUCUGCUCUUCAGUGGGACUGUUGAUGCUAGAGACUGAAGCUAGAAAAAGAAAAGAAAAGCAUCUCGAUUAUUAUUUUUUAAGUGUACGUACUACUUAUGCUGAACUGGACAUGCAGGAAACCAUUCCUUUCAGAUGACUUUUUUUAUUCCAUGUCCUUUUCCCCGUGAUAGUUCAAUCUGCUGCUCUUGUUAAAGAUAGUUUAUAGGAUGCAAGGAAUGUAGCAACCUGCAUUGUAACUUUGCUCAAAAUAAUUCCUGGUUCUUAAGUGGAUUUCAUUUUAUACAAAAAUGUUUAAAAGGCAGUGAAACUGGCACAUGUCACUUGUACUUAUUUCCCAAUUGCGUAGAAUUUGAAUAGGUGGCUAGACGGACCAUUGCCAUUUAAGAAUGUACAUCAGGGAUCAUUGUACCUCGGCUAUUACAUGGUGCCUUAAACAGAACUGAAGCUAAGAUUUUCUUGUUAAUAACUCUUGCAUUGAUUCAGCAAAGUGUGCCUGUCUUCUUUCUUUCUCCCCUCCUCCCCCAAGUCCCCAAACAGUAGAAGGGCAGGUUACAUAGUUUUCAAAAAUCAAGAUUUUCUUUAUUUAUUUAUUAGAUACACUAUCCCGCUUAGAGUGACGGCAUAUUUCUUCUUUAUAGCUGAAUUUCACUUUAUUACUAAUCAGAUUUUCUUGGUGGGGAGGGGAGUGUAUGAAAAACAAAACUAGCUUUAACAAUGUCAAAGGUCAACAAAAUAGGUUAGCCAAUUUCCAAACAAGAAUUUAUAUAUAUUUCUAAACCCUUAUCUACUUUUAAUUUUUAAAAAGUAAAGUAAGCAAAACUUUUUAAAGCAGCAUAUAGUUACAAUUUGUGCACAUGUGGGGGGUCAGUCUGCUGUUUCAUUUACUGGUUAAAUCAUACUAUAUGUGGGGUUUUUUUGUUUUGCUUUUGUCUAAUGACCUGUUACAAGUAUAAUGGAUUAAACAUGUCAUUGGUUGAAAAUAUACCUGAAUUUCCUUAGUUUGAUCAAAACAAACCAAAAAUGAAGGAAAGCACAAAGAAAAUUCACAGACUCUAUAGCACAAGGCCCAUGUCAAAUAUUCAGAGCCUUGUUUGUCAUUUGUCUGAAAGACGAUAUUUAAGGUUAGAGUCACCACAUGCUUGAACAGCAAGGAGAAAUUGUUGGUAUAUUUAUAGCACACAAGUUUGAUCCUAGGUUUUUCAUGUUUCAAGAAUUUCUAAAGAUUUACUAAUUUUUUAAUUUAAACAUUUAUACUUCUAAACCAAGCUUUAUGAAUUUUCUUAAAGUUGCAGAAUUGGAGGCCCACUGGCAGAGCGGCCAGGCAAGAUCUUGCGCCUGGUCAUUCCUGCCACAUUGUUUAACUUAUGCUGAUAUGAUUCCAUGAUCAUUCUGUUUCCUCUGUUAUUUAAAUGUGUCCCCAUCCCCCCGCUCAAAAUCCAUCACGUCUGUACCCCUCACCAUUUUUUAAAGAAAUCUAAGCUGUGAUACUUACUCCCUCUCAUUGUGCAUUAUGAAAUGUUUACACUUAAAUACAGUGAAAUUAAAUGUAAAAACAAAGAAACACUUUUCAGCAUAGUUUUUUAAGGCUCUAGUAAGGAGAUUAGAUUUAUUUACUGAUAAUAAUCCUUUGAGAUGGCAAACUUGUAUGUUUUCUAAUCAUUGUCCUUUUCAUUAUUGUUGAAUUUUGUUCAUGCAGCGAAAUGACAAAGAUGCAAAUUUAGUUUUCUGAGAGAGACAGGCCUUGUAAAUCCUCUGUAAGUCAACUCUUUUCGCCUUCCCACCUUAGUUGAUCACUGUAUUCAAGGUGCCAAAAAGAUCAAUAUAUAAUUUUAUCUUAUGUCAAGUUUUCUGAUUAAAAGGUGACAUUCUAGUCUGUAAUGGAACCAGGUAAAUAAGAUGGAUCUCUGCAGCCACAUAUUGCCCCAGAUUCAUCCAAAAAUGCUCUGAUAAGCUAAUAUUUGUAAAAAAUGGAAUACUAGUUUUGAUCAAUCCAAAUGUGCGUAUUUUUAUCACUUAAUUUAGUGACAGUUGAUCAUUUCUGCUUUUCUAUUUAUUGGUCUCACAAAUAGGGUGAGUCCUCUGCCCUGCAUUGUCCCCACAGACCCUUCCGCGUAAUCAUGAAGUCACAUCAAGGGAGCUUUCUGACACUCAACUCUUUGUGCCUAUAUCCUUUCAGCAUUCCUUGCAAAAUGUGGCUGGGAUUCCCAGACUCCCCUGCAUGUGCCCAAGUGCAUCUGUGCCCCUAACCCAGAGGGCUGCCCCAAGUCCCUCUUCCCACCCCAGAUCCUUUGGACCUUAGAUGUUGCCCCAGAAUCCCCCCAACUUGCCUUGGGGAGGAAACCUCAGACCCAUGGAGGGCUUUGAAUCUUGGAGAUGAAUUUAAACAAAAUCACAAUUUAACCAUCAUUCACAACACAAAUAUUAAUAUUAUGUCUUAGCACUGACAUUACCAGUGCUUUUUUUCUGGGGGGACGCAGGCGUACGCAUACCCCUCAACAUUUUGUGAAUCUAACUUUGGUCUCAUUGAGGGGCGCUAUUUCAAUAUGAGUAGGAAAAUGAGAAUACCUCUAAACAUUUUUCUAGAAAAAAAGCAUUGGACACUACUAACUCUUGAUGGCAUUGCAGGAGAAUAGACUCAUAGGAUUUGUGUGGCUCCUUUCUUUAAAAGUUGGUUUAAGGAAUGAUAAGUUUUAAAAAUAGGACUUUUUGGCUCUUGUAGAAGUAAUGCAGUGAUCAAUGUAGACACUGCUCUGGAAACUUCCUACUCAGAGGCCAGGCCCAGUUUUCAUAAGCUCUUCAGGAAUGCAAAAUAGUUGGUGCUGUCACUUUAAACUUACAAAUGUUUGUACUGUCUUGUCGAAAUUAUUUGCUUUGUGCUUAUUUUUGUAUUACAACUUGGAAUUACGACACUACUUUAGAAAUGGAUCACCUUUUAAAAAGUUACCAAUGUGCAAUGUUACCACAUUUGGUUCACCGUGUGUGGUGAUAAUUUAAACAGGACUUGUACUAAUGGUACCGUCAUUCAGGAAUGUACAGAUCUACAUACAAUUUCUUUAAUUUAAAACGAGGUAUUUUUAAGCAUCAGAAACACUUCCCUCAAAUUAUUUUCAGUAAAGCAUUAAAUAACUGCAUAGUUUUCUCAAGACAAAUCAGCAAGGAAAUACUUAAGUUUGACUUUUAAUUGCAACCUUGUUUCAAUAAUGGAAUAAUUUUAUAUAAGGAAUACCUAUAGGAUUUUUUUUUAACUUUCAUAUAACACUAAUUACGGAAUAUGUAACACUGAUUGGUGAGAGUAGUACCCCUACGUGAAAAUUGGGCCCUUAUUCCUGCAUUACAGGUCAGUCUCUUUUAUCUAUAUGGUUAAAAUGAGUUAAGAGGAAGGGGAAUGUUAGUACUGUUGCAAGGUUGUUUGGUGACUGAAGAAAACUGGAAUAGAAGCAUAAAUGCAGUGCUUAGUUCUAGUGAUAGGAAAUUAUUUUGAUGGUAACGCCUUGCAUUAACCCUUUGAGCAUUGUAAGCUAAUGUGAUUGGUACAAAUAUUUCAGAGACCGCUGGCAAGAGGAGGAGCGCCGUGGCCCCAGCCCUAACCACUAUCUGAGAUAAUGAACACCAUGCACACAGUUUCGCAGGGGAACAGGUCCCAAGAACUCUUAAGAAAAUCUAAGGAGUUGUGCCCUACUUCAGAGAACUCUGAAUGCUCCCCAAAUCCUACUGAAGCAAUUACCUUUUGGGGGGUGGCUAUUUUUAUUUUAAAUUUUGUCAUGCAUAGGAUUGAAUCUAGCCAUAGUCAUUCUUCAAGUCAGUCCAGGGAAGUUUGUGGGACUUGAUUUCAAUAGGCCUGCUCAAAGUAUGACUAAGUUAGGAUCCAUCCCUGGUUUGCACUUAAAUAGGUGUGUCAUAGGAACAUUGGAAGUUGCCUUAUACAGACCCAGGGGUACACCGAGCUCAGAAUUGUCUAUCCCAGGGUUCUUCAACCUUGAUCUCUUGCUGGACCACAACUCCCAUCAUCCUCAUCCAGCUUUGCCUGUGGUCAGGGAUGAUGGGAGUUGUAGUCUAACAACAUCUGGGGACCUGAAGUUGAUGAACACUGGUCUACCCAGCAGCUCUCCAGGGUUUGGGGCAGGGAACAUUCCCAGCCCUGCCUGGAUAUAUCAGGGAUUGAAACAGACAACUUCUGCAUGCAAAGCACAUGGUCUGCCACUGAGUUAUGGCCCUUCCCUAUUAGACAUUUUAAGCAUCAAAGAUCUGGAUGCAUUGUAAAUGUUUUUCUCAAUUUCCGUACUUGAAUUUGAGGAGGGCAUCUCUGCUGAAUACAUUUAGAAUACUGCCUGCAGCAAACUAGCAUUUCUGCUAUUUACUGCCUACAGCAAACUAAUGUUGCUACUAGUUUAGGGGGAAAUUAUUUGAUCCAAGAAACAUGAAUUGAAAAGUACCUAUAUGUUCUUAAAAUUAGAUACUUAACAAGAAAAUAACUUUAUUUGAGAAUACAGUGGUACCUCGGGUUACAGACGCUUCAGGUUACAGACUCCGCUAACCUAGAAAUAGUACCUCGGGUUAAGAACUUUGCUUCAGGAUGAGAACAGAAAUCGUGCUCCGGCGGUGUGGCAGCAGCAGGAGGCCCCAUUAGCUAAAGUGGUGCUUCAGGUUAAGAACAGUUUCAGGUUAAGAACGGACCUCCAGAACAAAUUAAGUUCUUAACCCAAGGUACCACUGUAGUGGGGAAAUCUUGCUAGGCUAGUAUAUGGGCAUGUGUUAAAUAGGAAAUGUAUCUCAGAGACCUGAAUUUUGUAAGACAUUUGCAGUUCAAUUGCACAUGCCCCCAUCCUAUAAACCAGGGGGGCUGGCCCAUGACCCUCCAGAUGUUGGGUCCCAAGUCCUAUCAGCCCCAGCCAUUAGGGGAGUCAUUGUCCAACGAAAUACGGAGGGCCACAGUUGAGACGGCCGUGCUGUAGACGGUCUCCCCCAGGGUAUUGCUGUGACUAUAGUCCAAGGAGCCUCUACAGGCGUUCCUGGGAGAGAACUGGGUGGAAUUACAGGUGUCUUGGGAUUUUGUUUUGCACCCACUGUUCAGCUGAAGGCAGGCUGCAUUUUGAGAGUGGAAAUGGCUUUUCUCUCCCACAUUGUGAGCUCCUGUGGUGCUCAGAGAAGCCUUUGGCUGCGCACAUAGUUUUCCCACCAGGCAUCUAGUUUUGUUGAGCUGAAGCCUUGAUUCACCCCAUUUCCCCAUUCCCAAGUCGGUUUGUUACUGAAUGCAGAGUGGCAUAUUUCUAAGGAAUUCCAAACUUCAGACAUUGUGCAGAUAAAAGUAGGCUGUGGGCGAUAGAGCAGUAUAUGUGUUUUUUUACAUAGUCGCAAUUGCCAAACCAGCCCAGUCUCUAGAUGCAGCCUGUGACCCCCCAAGUUAUGAAUCCUGUUGUAGCUGAGGCUCCACCAACCUCCCCUUGUUGCUGCUGGACUAGCCCUGCCCCAGUCACCAGGGUGCGGAGCGCCCAGCAGCUCCCAGUAGGUGGCUGGUGAGCUGCCUUUCUCUUGGAGAGUCUCCAGGAGUGCUGGCCUGCUCUCGAUAGAGUUCUGCAAGAUUCUUGUCCAUUGGUUCAAUGCAUCAUCACUAAUAAGCAGUUUGCACUGAAGCUGUGGUUAUUCUGGAAGGGACUUGGGAGCGCUAUGGUUCUCUAACACAAGCCUCUAACCAGCCUUCCCUUAUUCUGACAAGCUAUUCAAAUUAAUGUAUAAUUAAAAAUGAAUGCAAUACUCAAAGGGUUUAUGAAUUUAUUAUUCAUAAUAAUUUUACUGUAAAUGCUUCUCAGUUUGCAUGCCUUGAUCAUUGCUGCUAGUGAUUUUAUGUGCCAGUAGAACUGAGUUUACGUUACCAAUUUUACUUAAUAGUUAAAGCCACUUACAAAGUGACUGCCUGGGGUCUUUUGAUUGAAGUAACAUGCCUUGAUUUCAAAACAAUUUGUGGUUGUUUUUUUAAAUGAUUUCUCUCUCCUCUUUUUUUUAGUUCCCUCCCUUCUUUUUCUUUUGAUAUAUAUAUGAAGCCCUGAGUAAUAUUUGGUAAGAAUGCUCAGUUCAAUUGAUUAUGUAAAAUGAAAUACACCAGAAUACCCAUUGAAUGCAAACCAUCAUCCUACUAAGCCUCAUCUCUGUACAUUUCACCAAGCACUGAUGCUGGGCAGCCUUCCAUACAAAUCACAUAGGAAACGAGUUGAAAUUGCCCAGCAGCAAUGCCUUGUGGAUUGUGCCUUCUGUACCUAGACUUAGCGGAAAUCAGGGAGAUCUGGUUUAACUGCAGUGAGAACGGGAUGGGGCAACAGGUUGCGAUUGAGAGGGAAGCAAAACUGUCGAGCAAGACAAGUGUGUGGUCCUUUGCACUUGGUUGUGCGACACUUUUGCAAUGACCAGUCAGCUUUCGUGGCCAGGUAAGAGACAAAUCUUCAGCAUGCAUGCAAGUACUAUAUAAAUAGGAAUUAUUUCAUUUACUAAAUUGAAAUUUUAACAAGAUAUAUGGCUUGAGUGGGUUGUCCACAUAAAGAUAUAUGUAUUAUUGCAAAACAGCAUAGGAAGUAUGGAAUCCAGUAUAAUACUGGUUAUAAAGAAGAACCCUAUUUAGUACUUCUGUGUUAUUUCAUUACUACAUUCCUAUCUCCCUAAGCAUCUCACAUCAAUAAAAGUGAGAUUCAGGCCCUGUAAUCAGACUUAUGAACUAAAAAGACAUGACAUGCAAGGGAAGCGAUCUUUCUGUUCUGCUGUGGCUCUUCUUUGAUUGGCUCUGGCCGUCGCAGGGCAGCCAGCGAAGGAAGCCGCCUUCUUCCUGGACCAGUAGAGGAGCCAAGCCGGUCUUCCUCUGGCCCCCAAGUUCCCCCUCAUCCCCCUGGCCAAUUUCAGAGAUCCUGGAGUUCUGCCUUUGGCUCUGCAGCCUCAGGGCAACUUUCAAAAGCAGCCUAUUGAAAUUCUGAUAUGGAUUUCUUGCACAAGAAGUACAGUCCCAGGUAGUUUAGGGAAUUAUACCCUUACAUUUUAAAUCUUAAUUACAGUUUCAAAGUAACCAAAUAAUUUUCAACUUACAGUUAUCAAAAACAAAAGUCUAACCAAAGCAGGUUUCUCCUUUUAUAACUUAAUUUUCCCAUUUGAAAUUUGACUUUUUUAAUAAUAGCUAGUGAGGCUGUAAAAAAACAAAACAAACAUUUGUGUGCCUUCUUAAAAACUUGGGGAAUUUGUGCCUGUCUAAUGCGGUUAAAUUUAGUUCUUACCAUUGCUAACUCUACUAUCACUCAGGGCUUUCUUACCUUUGAUAUAAGUUAUUUCAUUGUUUUAUUUUACAAUUUGUUUUUGUUCUUCGUUACGUGCCAUCAUUUAAAUUUCACUAAGUAAGUGGCAGGUCAUGCUUUUCAGUCCCACAAGCACAGAAAUGCAGGAAACACUCAUAGAGCAUAUUGGAUCUUUUUAUUUUCAAAAUUGACUGAAUAUAUAAUGUAAAUGAGGUAAGCAACUUUUUGUAGAUUGUAUGUGUGAGAUAAUGUAAUGUUCUUUUCCAGUUUUUGGAUUACAGUUGAAUAUACUUUUUAAUUAUUUAAAGAAAACAUCUUUACAGAAUAACGUGAUGGGUUUUGUAUAAUGUAUUUGAUUUUGUAAAUACGUAUUUCCUGAUGUGAUUUUUGUGAAAAUGCUAAAUCUUUUAGUAUAUCAUGUCCUCUCAAAAUUGGCAGGAGCUAAAUAAUAGUUUGUGGGCAAUUUGUAUUGUGUACUGUACAAUAACUGGGGAACUUUUAUAAUUAUAAAAAUAUAUAUUAACUUUUAGUGUGUUGUUUAAACAAAUGACUGGAACAUACUAAAGAUAGUAGGAUUUUUCUGAAUAUUUCAGACUUGAACUCAGGCUAGCUUUCUUGUGUUUUUCAAAACAAAAUUGUGUCUUGUCUUUUAAAAUCAAUAAAUUUGUUUUCUUGUUACAAAUA